GAUUCAACGCGUAACAGGUGUGAGUAACGGAUUAACACGAAUACGAAAAUUAACGAAUAUGUCGCGUCAUAUCCUUUGGGGUUUGGCGCUAGCACUUUUAGUGCUAACUAAUAGUUCGAGUGCGACGGAGUUAACGGAUAACACAGCAUUGGGCAUUUCUCCUUUGAGAAGUGAUUUAGCAUUUCAAUUUUACAAUUUGGGUUCUCAAUAUCUAACUGGAGCACAGAAAAUUAUACCAAACGUCAGCGAAAAAUGCUCAAUCGACAUAAUAAGAAUAGCAGAAGGCGUCAAAAAAAUUGAAGAAUGGGCUCUUGAAUUUCCUGACUCAUGGGGUCGUGCGCCAAUGGGUCUUAUGUGGGGUCACACUUCCAGUUUUGGUCAAUAUGAGGAAUGCAUUGCUGCCACAAGAACAUAUUACUUAUCAGACGAUAAAGAAGAGACUGUUGAUGGACAAUACUGUUUAGCUAAGGUACCAAUUCACAAGUUCAUGGAGGAUAUGGUCAAACGUAAUGAGACAACUGGUACAAUGAAAAUUUCUUACAAAUACAGCUUACCCAAAAUUUUUGAGUUGGGUGUAUGCGUACCAAAAACUUGUACUGUAGAUGACACAAAUGAAAUUCUUAAACAAGUCUUACGUGCUUAUAUUCCUGAUAAAUACGAUAUCAACGAUAAUACAAAAAUGAUUGAAGAAGGACGUUGCGACUAUAAAAAACCAGUUGAACUACGAGGAAUAGAUAUAUUUGCAAUCUGUUUCUUUGCAAUCAUUAUAUUUAUAAUGUUAGUCAGCAGCAUCUACGAUUAUGUACAGACAGAGAAAAAACAACCAAAGAAACCUCUAUUUAUUGCAUUCUCUGUACUAACUAAUGCGCCAAAGAUUUUCACUGUUAAAAGAGUAAAUAAUCCAAACGUUAUACACUGUCUGAAUGGCUGUUUAGAGAGUUAUGCCUAUGGCUAUUAUGUUUACACCUAA